CAUAAUGCAGUGUACAGACUUCAAUGGACAUGGGUCAUACUAAUCCAGUGAAGGUACUGGAGCACUGCAAUAUCUCUCCACCACCGGGAUCUCUCGUAAACAAGAUCCUUUCCCUCACCUUCCGCGACUUAUUCUGGUUGCCAUCCUAUCCCUUAGUGAAGGUCCUUUUCUUUUAUGAAUAUUCUUACUCUACACACUACUUCAAAGACAAUAUACUUAAACCUUAAACACUCACUUUCCCUCACACUUCAAUACUUCUAUCCACUCGCCGGGCAUCUAGUGUGGCCUCAAAAUUUAUCAGAGCCUGAGUUCUGUUAUGUUGAUGGAGACUCAGUCUCCCUAACCUUGGCAGAAUCAGAUGGUGAUUUCUACCAUCUUUCAGGAAACCAUGCAAGAGAUGUUAAUCAAUUCCAUUUUCUUGUCCCUAAGCUUACCCUGCCAUCCAUGGUUGAUCUUGACUUUUCAAUUUCACUAUUGGCUCUGCAAGUAACUGUGUUUCCAAACUCUGGAAUUUGCAUCGGAGUAACUGCUAGUCAUGUAGCCCUUGAUGCUAGGACCCUUGUCCACUUCAUGAAGUCGUGGGCAACAAUUUCUAGAUCAGGAGUUGUCUCUUUGUCACCAGACUCUGGAUUGCCUGGAUCCUCCAGUUCCAGAAACAUAUUUUGGAAAUUGCAUGACAGGGCAGAAUACUUUAUAUCUAGUCGUUCAGCAGCUAAGGAACCUUUUGCAGUUGCAGGGUCACCUAAGUACAGAAUAUAUGAUACAGAUUUUGGGUGGGGGAGGCCAAAGAAGUAUGAAUCACUGAGAGUUGGUGGGAAAUUUGUCUCACUUUAUGACUGUAAAGAUGGAGAAGGCAGCCUGGAAGUUGGGGUGGCUUUUCCUAAGCUUCAAUUGGAUUCUUUUUCUUCUCUCUUUUACAGAUUUCAGGCUAAUGUUGCCUGAGAGAUUGUUAUGUUUUAAAUAAAUUACAUUCUCAUAUAUGAUGGGA